GGAAUGGCUGUGGCUGGUCUUCUAGCAGAUGCACGAUCUCUCUCAGAAGUGUCCAGAGAAGAGGCUUCAAACUUCCGCUCCAACUAUGGCCAUGACAUCCCACUGAAGCAUCUUGCAGACAGAGUGGCCAUGUAUGUCCAUGCUUACACAUUAUACAGCGCUGUGAGGCCUUUUGGAUGCAGUUUCAUCCUGGGAUCGUAUGAUGAAGAUGAUGGUCCACAGCUCUACAUGGUUGACCCUUCUGGGAUUUCACACGGUUACUGGGGGUGUGCUAUUGGAAAAGCCAAGCAAGCUGCCAAGACAGAAAUUGAGAAACUACAGAUGAAAGAAAUGACCUGCAGAGAACUGGUGAAGGAAGUGGCAAAAAUUAUCUAUAUUGUUCAUGAUGAGGUGAAAGACAAAGCCUUUGAGCUGGAGCUUAGCUGGGUUGGAGAAGUCACAAAAGGAAGGCACGAGCUUGUCCCCAAAGACAUCAAAGAGGAGGCCGAGAAAUAUGCUAAAGAAUCCCUGGAGGAGGAGGAUGACUCUGAUGAGGACAACAUGUAAACACAGUGUUGCAAACCUCCCGUUUUUCCAUUUCACACUGACUGUACCAUGUUUCAGACAUCCUGGCAACUCUCAACUUUCCGGCAGACAAUAAAAUGUUUUUUUAUGUUUUGUAAUGGACUAAUGUAGUCCUAUGUUUUCCUUUUGUGGGUUUCAGACUUGACAAUAAAUACGAUUUAUAAAAGAGAA